AUGGCUGGCGCACACACCCUGCCAAAGGACUUUACCUUCUUCUCGCCAACCGAGUCGGAGCCCAGGACGCCAGACCGUCCCCUUCGCGAUCUCUCCAACCCGCCACGGCCUCAGCACGCCUCUCAUCGCGUCAGGAGACGGCGCAUGGAGCGGAAGCCCAUCCCCUUCUGCGCGCCAGACGUCCCUUUGCCCUCCAUUGAAUUGUCGCGUAUUUCGCCGGCAGACUCGGCCAGCGAGCAGCCGCAGUCCAUCACUACCGCCUCCUCUUCCGCCAUGCUCGACGGAUGCGGCUUCCUCGACGUGCCUCGGCGACAGAGGGACGAACCCAAGACGCCGCCGGCCCAGAUUCGCGACCUCGUCUCUCAAUCGUUCGAGAACGGUGCCGCAGAUGGGACGACAACUCCAGUGGGCGCGUCCAUCAGCAGGCCCUCAUCCGCCUGCUCUCACGCCUCAGAUUCUUCCUUCUCCUCCACCUCUGCCGCGUCGUUCGAUUCAUUUGACUCAUUCCCCUCUUUUGGCGGCAGCUGCACCAGCCCUGAGACCGAGAUAGACGACCCCUUUCUUGCCGUCACCCUGCCGGACAACAAGCAUAACCUCGACACCCCAACCAAGUCUGUCAGGAACACUCCCGUAAUCCCGGCUCACCUCAGCCAGAAUCAGCGCUGGUCCUCGGAGAUGGACCAUCACCUCUGGAACACCUACCAGACGCACAUCCAGGACCCGACCAUCACCCCCUUCAAGAUGCUGCCCGGUAGCCUGCCGCCACUUGGAGUUUCCCACCGUGUCGCCCGGGAGGCGCGCAGAGCCUGGCUGAGAGCGAAGCAGCCUCAGUUGUCGCAUCCUCAGUCCCAGUCUCAGUCCCAAUCCCAGUCCCAGUCUUCCCACCCUCAGUCUCAGUCUCACCCCCAGCCAUCAGAGAGCGCCGAUUCUACCGGCAAGAUCACCCCUCAGUGGCCUCGCUCCGAUGCUGCCACCAGACGAAGACUAAAGGAGCUGUGUAAACGGAAAUUCUCCAUUGCUCCUCACUAUCAGCGGCUUUUGGAGUCUCGGAGCCCGUCCCCGCCUCCAGACAUGCUCAGCAACUACACCACCAUUGCCACACCUGUCCCCUUUACUAGAGACUUGGGCAUCUCUCUCGUCUCCGGAACCGUGCCUAGUGAUCCCCCAGAGGCUGCUUCAACCCCUAAUAUAGUUUCCAACACCGCUAGUUCAAUAAAAUCUGCCAGCCACGACGACGACGACAUCCCCCGCCUCGGCUCUCCCUUCAUGUACCAUACCUGGGGCCCUUCAAACUCUCGUUCUCGUGUCUCCCAGGCGGAUACCACCCCAGUUCAGCCUGCCGUCGAGACUCACGAUACGGUCCAUGUCACUGGUUCUCGCUUACGCUCCGGAAUUGCCCCUGACCUCUUCACUCCCAAAAAUCUCCAACAUCUGCCCGAAGUCCCAGUCCCGGCUGAUGCCAAAGAGCAGACACCACACCGUGUCCGCAUCCGUACGCGCACCAGAGGUCUCACCACGAAUAGCAGUGGCUACAACACCAACAACGACAUGCUCAACAUUAACUCACGUCAUCGACUGAUUCAGCUCUUCACUCCCCCUUCGGGCUCUGGCUCCAAUGAAACGGACGACCUCCCUCCUCAUAGCCAGGCACACACACUCGAAGUUGAAGGAGAAAGAAUCAAGCGUCUGGGCUCUCCCUUCAACCUCGAUCUGCCCGCUAGCAAACGUCCGCAUCCCCAACCGCGGCAGUACUACCGUCCUCGACACGCACCCUCGCGCUCUGACACUUUUCUCAUGCAUCCACCUAUACAUACCCAAGGCCAAGCGGCUUUCCCUAACCUCUCCUCGGCUGCAGACAUAUAUACGUCGGAUACGGAUCGCGCACAGGCUCCAGUAACGGCACUACACUCGCCAGAGGCAUAG